UGCAGCUCCAUCCUCACCUCCCAGUCCGACAUCUACCUGUGUGCAGCAUACAUUGCCCCAGCAGAGUCUCCAUAUUACAGACCAGACACCUAUGAGAUCCUACAAAAUGAGGUCAUCCACUUCCAAUCCCUGGGACAAGUGCUCAUCUGUGGAGACCUCAAUGCCAGGACAGGAAGGGAAAAGGACUAUACAAGUUCUGAUGGAAACACAUACAUACUGGGCCAUGCAAAUUACGACCAUACAGAAUCAAAGAAACAGCUAUGACAGUACAACCAACAAAGACGGAAGAAAAUUGCUGAAUGUGCAUCGCAGUCUGGGCCUCUACAUCCUCAACGGCCGUACCAAGGGAGACUCUUUAGGAAGGUACACAUUUAGCUCCCAUGUAGGCAGCAGUGUGGUAGACUAUGCCAUCACAGAUAUGAACCCCACACUCAUCAAUGGUUUUACAGUCACCCCACAAACACACCUAUCAGACCACAACCAACUACUGCUAUACAUCAAAUCUUCUAGCAAACCAUCACCAAAACUCCACCGGGCGUCUCUCCGCAACCUGCCACCAUCAUUUAAAUGGUCCAAACAGUCUACCACAAAAUACAGAGAGGUAACCGACAGACCCGACAUUAAAAAACAGCUUGAAAACUUCCAAAACACCACCUAUGAGAUAAGCCCACCAGGUGUGAACCAGGCAGCAAAGGACUUCCAUACUACACACUAUUGCAGAAACAGCCCAGCUGAGGAAAACCAACUACAAGAAACCAUCCAACAAACAAUCCAAUAA